AUGCCACUCCACAGCGUUAUUGCAUCAUUUGUUGACCAGGGCUCCGACACCAUCACGGCCUCUGUGCUCUCUUGCUUAGCGUCCAGCCUCAAUGAGCCCGGUGUCGCGCAGGCACUCAUAGAGCGGCACCGGCCCGUCUGCAAGGAUGUAAUGUCGCGGCUCGUGGCCGUCGCCAACGACAAUGGCAAGAACCCCAACGCACGCAUUAUGGCACUGGAGUGCCUCUAUGCCUUGUCGCAUGUCCCCAACAGUGAAUUUCGCUGCGGGGAUCUCCUCGACGCUGUCCAGAAGCUGAAUGAAUCGUUUGAGGAGUUUUUAGAGACGCAGGCAACAACGGCUGUUGAUCAGCAACACGAAAUGCUGACGGUGCUUCUAUUCCGCUGCAGCGGUUACACGGGGCUCAAGGCAGGUGAUUUGCUGCAGCAGCUGUACAGCGGCGACGACACACGCCUCGUCUUCACACUGCAGACGAUCAUCCAGAAUCGCUCCCUUGAGUGGGAAAUUGUGCACGCCUCUGUUCGCUGCAUGUACGAACUGACAACACCUGUCAGCUACUUUGCCGCCCCUGACGAGGACCACCCCGUCGAGACGACAAAGAUAACCGCCUUUCAGGACAAAAUCACGGUGUUGCUCAUACACCUAUCGCAACGCACCGCGCUGCGUGAUUUAUUCAACGAACUCAGCGCACGUUGGGCCCUUGCCAUGGCUGACGGCCAACUUGCCCCGAUCUUGGAGGGCCAGGCGCCCGUAACCCCUGCCGUGCGCGACGGUCCGGCGAUGAACUUCUUGGUGGUGUUCCGCUACGUGGCAGCGAUGCUACUGAAUGUUGCCGACUUCUGCGAGCGUAUGGAACUCGUGCGCAGCUACCAAGAGUCUUUUAUCGUGCAGCACCAGAGCUUCCUCGGCGGAACACUGAUUCCUUUCGUGCGCCUCGCCCUCCGCUGCUGGGAGUCUACAAAAGAUACCACACACGAGUCGCAGAAUAAUCUCUUCAUGAACGUCGCCAUCGCGGCGAUGCGGCUGUUGCGCUUUGCUCUCUACCGUGUCUCGCAGGAGCUGCAGCAACCACUCGCCGCAGCGCUGGCGGCGCUGGCACGGCACGUGCAGGCGCUGGAGCCGCAGCUCUGCACAGAGUACGUUGGCAUGCUCGUGCUUGUGCUUGCAGUGGAGGCAUUGUGCAACGCGAACGCCGCCAACGUCCCCGCCAUCGCACCAGACUUUACCGCGCUGGUGGCACAGAUAUCAACCGACAAGAACCCGCUUCGCCCAGGUGCUCAGUUCACAGCGGCGCAGGCAUUCACGUACUGCCUCGCAAACGAGACUUCGACGUACUGCACGCCUGACAACGAGUCCGUCGCGUUGCUGCGGCAGAAGCUGCACGACGAGGACGCGGAGACGAUCAACGAAGCCACAAUGGCCAUUCAGGCACUGGAGGAGCAGCUCGGCAUGCUGCAGUCGCUCAUGAUGGAGCUGGCGCUGGGGCAACUGCUUGGUGAUCUCUGCCUGCUCGUUCCAUUCGGGGCAGCGCCCGACGGCAGCGGGGGCACCACUGCACCCCCGCACGCCGCAAAGGUGGGUAGUGCCCAUGAGGACGCGAACGAACAAGUGCAGAAACAGAAGAAAACGAAGAAGACAAAGCAUCCGGCUAACUAUGUGUGCAUGUUGACGAAGAAGCUGAUGCGGGAGCCAGUGGUGCUGCGCAACGGCCACCACUUUGAGCUCGACGCUCUGCAGGAGGUAGUAGACCGCGUCGGCCACGUUGACCCGCUCACCGGCGAGGCAUUUCAGGACGAGCUGCAAGUGGACAUGAAUCUGCAGCAGGAGAUUGCACGGUACCGGGUGGAGAUGGCUGCGCGCGGGAAGACGGAGGCGUGA